AUGCAGCCUCAUCUUCUCGCAGCGCUCCUUGCGCUCCGCGCUUUUGCGGCUCCCCAGUCAGCGGGUGAAGAGCCCUCUGUUGAUGUCGACGGAAUCGUGGUCGAGGACGGCGUUGAGCUUGACAGCAACUUCAUCGUCGAUCCCAUCUUCGAGAUCCUCUCCGACUACACCACCAUGCCCGAGAUCCAACCCCUGGCCUCCCGCCAGUCGCCCCCCAGCGACCCUUCGACCGUGACCGCCGAAGUGGCCUCCAAGAUGAAGGCGCCCGGCGGCGGCGAAAAGGGCGUCUUUUACCGCGGCGACUCGCGCCCGCCCUCGGUCAUCUUCAGCGAGGGAUUCGGGCCCCAGGGCAGCGACAAGAGCCUGCGCAACCACCUCAGCUUCGUCGGCAACUCGGGCCUCGUCUCGCUCAGCCGGUCGCCCGAGACGGCUGAGUCGUACGCCUUUGGCCGCAGCGGCGAGAAGCUGCAGACUGGUUACGUCUACGUCAUUGCUCCCAAGGACCUCCCGGACGGCUACUGGGUGCCCGGCAUCUACGCCCCGGAGAAGAACCCGGCCGUUGCCCGUAACCAGGAGUUUGCCGUGGCCGGGUCCGUUCCCGCAUCGAGCAUUUCGCACGCGUACGAGGUGAAGAUCGACAACCCGUCCGCCCGCGGAACCAAGAUCAAGAACCACGACUAUGCUCUCAAGAAGUCGCCUUCGUCCUUUGGCUUUGGCGUCAAGCGCGCUCUCUGUGACCCGGCCAAGUAUACCGCAAAGGCCCCAACAGGUCGUCGGGUCCGAACCAAGGUGUCCAGAAACUUCCGCGCCGGCGCCCGUGCUGGUGGCGCCAUCGCUUUUGCGGUGCUCUCACCUUACGCGCACGACGUCCUGGAUAUGGUCAAGGCCUGGGACAACCCGGUCGGAAACGCCGUGAAAUGGUUCGACAACUCCAUGGCCAGCCUCCAGGAGGCCAUUGGCGGCCCCCAGGUACCCGAGAUUUACGGAAACACGCUCAAAUUGCGCAUGAUUUGCUGGUUCCGCGGCGAGCAGCAGUGGAAGAACGCCGUCGACCAUGCCUGCGACCGCCUUCGCAAGUCCGAGCAGCCGGCCCCGUCGCCCGAGAGCAAGAGGCUCAAGAGCGUCAACGAUGUGCUCAACGUCUGCGACAAGGCGGAAAACCAGGACGUGUUGGUGCCCAACGAGGACAUGAGGGGCGAGCUGCGCGAACGCUGCGAGGAGUUCCGGGAGAAGGCCAAGGAGCAGGAUACCGCGUAG